AUGGCCGGACAGCUCGUCGACAACAUCCCGCCAUCGCACGUCUACGCUAGCGAUACUACGCCUCAAUCAGCGGAACAGGGCCAAAUUCGUACGUUCCUUGCCGCUACACGCACGCCCUCCGGAGCCAGUCUCGAUCGCAUCACCUAUCAGGAGCUCGAGUGGGAUUCCCGAGCCGAGUAG